AACUAAUGGAUUAAGUAAAUCUUGUCCACGUAUAUUUUCGAUGUCAAACUGUUUAACUGGUUAAUUUAGAGUGAAGCCUGGGGUUGGAUGGACGGGAAUGUUAAAACACACGGGCUGGUGGCGGAGGUGACUGUUUUAACACGAGGGACUGAGGGGUAACGAAAACAUUUUUGUUCCCUGCUGGGAGGGGAGUCACUUCUAGAGAAAGACAUGGCUCCCUCAGAGAGGACUCUGGAUUGUAGACCCUUCAAGGAGAGGCGUAGUUUGGCUUUGAGGAGAAGUGAAGUAAUUAACAUCCGCAGGAAAUACCCUAACAAGCUACCGGUGAUUGUGGAACGAUACCCAAAGGAGAGAUCCCUACCUCAUUUGGACAAGUCAAAAUACCUUGUACCUCUGGAACUCAGCCUAUGUCAGUUCAUGAUCAUCCUCAGGAGUCGAAUGUCUGUCACCUCGAGCCAAGCCUUCUAUCUGAUGGUGAAUGACCGGAGUCUGGCGAGUAUGUCCCUGACCAUGGCUGAGAUUUAUGCAGAGUAUGUGGAGGAAGAUGGCUUUCUCUACAUGACCUAUGCCUCCCAGGAAAUGUUUGGCCUCUACCUGUGUGACAGCUGCUCCUGACUGGGGUUUGACUAGGAAGCGGAGUUAAAUCAGACUUGUUUUAUUCCCCACCCUGCUGUUGCUUCCAUUCCUCAUGUCCUGUGUGGUGUGGGGUAGGUGACUUUUUAUCCUGGAGAAAAGAAAGGUUGAAGAUAGCACCAAAUGGCUGCGUCCCCUCUUUCUGCCUCACUGCUCCCUGCAGUGUUUCAUGCAAUUGUAGUCUAGUUGAAUCUAGGUUUGAACCAGCGUGGAUUCCCUGUAAAUUCUGCAUGUUCACUAAGAAAUUGUGUCAGAGGAGCAUCUGACAAUGGUCUGGAGGAAACGUUACAGUUCUGUUUUUGACACCUGUCCUACCUAUUAAAGUUGCUCAGAAGAUAAGCAUCUCUUCCACACAAUUUAUCAAAUGGGGUGUGGUGGAUGGGAUUUCUUUCAUUUUUUGAAAAUGAGGAAGGGAGAGCCCUAGGUAAGGUGUGUGUGUGGGGGAGGUGCUCAUAACCAGUGUCAGCUUCAAAGAUGAAAUAGCCAAAUUCUGGUCAGAAAGCAGACAUGUGGUAAACAACGUGAGUUUCACUACAAAGCUGACACACACACUUCUAUAAUGUGACAGAACCAACGAUCACUGGAAGUGAUCUAGAAAGCUUCCUCUACAGUGUUUUCCCUGUCAAACAUUCCCAAGACAGGGGUUAGAUCAUAGAAUAAAACUCUCGCUACACUGUUUUCCCCAUAUACUGUGCCA